CUGCAUGAACUUCCGGCUACAAGCCAUUCCGCUUCCCAGGGAACGCAUGGGCUGUUGUACGGGUUCCGUAGGGGACUCUGAAGGCUGAGGAUAUCCGGCCCGGAGCGUCCGUGCAACGCGGAGUUAGGCGCCCGGGCAGCUGCUUAGGGGAGGUGGACCAGACUUGCUGCUGCUUGGGACGGUCCUUUCGUUUCCACUGGAGUGGAGGGGAGAGUGCUGCCAUGGCAGCCCCUGCGCAGCCCAAGAAGAUCGUGGCCCCUACGGUGUCCCAGAUCAACGCGGAGUUCGUGACCCAGUUAGCGUGUAAAUACUGGGCUCCUCACAUCAAGAAGAAAUCACCUUUUGAUAUAAAGGUUAUUGAAGAGAUAUAUGAAAAAGAGAUUGUCAAAUCAAGGUUUGCUAUUAGAAAGAUAAUGCUGUUGGAAUUUAGCCAGUAUCUUGAAAAUUAUCUCUGGAUGAAUUAUUCUCCUGAGGUAUCCAGCAAGGCAUAUUUAAUGUCAAUCUGCUGUAUGGUGAAUGAGAAGUUCAGAGAAAACGUGCCUGCAUGGGAGAUUUUUAAGAAGAAACCGGACCAUUUCCCAUUCUUUUUCAAACACAUCUUGAAGGCGGCAUUAGCUGAAACUGAUGGUGAAUUUUCACUUCAUGAACAGACGGUCCUACUACUUUUUCUUGAUCACUGCUUCAAUAGUUUGGAAGUAGACUUGAUACGGAGUCAAGUACAGCAGCUUAUCUCCCUCCCAAUGUGGAUGGGCUUACAGGCUGCACGAUUGGAAUUGGAAUUAAAAAAGACACCUAAGCUAAGAAAAUUUUGGAACUUGAUUAAAAAGAAUGAUGAAAAGAUGGAUCCAGAAGCAAGAGAACAAGCCUAUCAAGAGAGGAGAUUUCUUUCACAACUCAUCCAGAAGUUUAUUUCUGUGCUGAAAUCAGUCCCACUUUCUGAACCUGUCACUAUGGACAAAGUUCAUUACUGUGAAAGAUUCAUUGAACUUAUGAUUGAUCUAGAGGCCCUGCUGCCCACAAGGCGCUGGUUUAAUACUAUCCUGGAUGACUCUCACCUUCUGGUUCACUGUUACCUUUCCAAUCUUGUUCGUAGAGAAGAGGAUGGUCAUCUUUUUUCCCAGCUUUUGGACAUGCUUAAAUUCUAUACUGGUUUUGAAAUUAAUGACCAAACUGGAAAUGCUUUGACAGAGAAUGAGAUGACCACAAUUCACUACGAUAGAAUUACUUCUCUACAGAGAGCUGCUUUUGCACAUUUCACUGAACUCUAUGAUUUUGCCCUCUCGAAUGUGGCAGAAGUGGAUACUCGGGAAUCCUUGGUCAAGUUUUUUGGACCUCUUAGUUCAAACACACUCCACCAGGUGGCAUCAUACCUCUGCUUGUUGCCAACUCUCCCUAAAAAUGAAGACACAACUUUUGAUAAAGAAUUUCUUCUAGAAUUGCUGGUAUCUCGUCAUGAACGUCGAAUUUCUCAGAUUCAGCAGUUGAACCAGAUGCCUUUGUAUCCUACUGAGAAAAUUAUAUGGGAUGAAAAUAUUGUCCCAACUGAGUACUAUUCUGGAGAAGGUUGUCUAGCUCUUCCCAAAUUGAAUUUGCAGUUUUUGACUCUUCAUGACUACCUGCUAAGGAACUUUAACCUCUUCCGCUUAGAGUCAACUUACGAAAUUCGGCAGGACAUCGAAGAUAGUGUCAGCAGAAUGAAGCCAUGGCAGUCUGAGUAUGGCGGUGUAGUAUUUGGUGGUUGGGCGAGAAUGGCCCAGCCCAUCGUGGCUUUCACUGUAGUUGAAGUUGCCAAACCCAACAUAGGAGAAAACUGGCCAACCCGAGUUCGUGCAGAUGUUACCAUAAAUCUGAAUGUCAGAGAUCACAUCAAAGAUGAAUGGGAAGGUCUUCGUAAGCAUGAUGUAUGCUUUUUAAUUACUGUACGUCCCACAAAACCUUAUGGCACUAAGUUUGACCGAAGGAGACCUUUUAUUGAGCAGGUUGGCCUGGUUUAUGUCAGAGGCUGUGAAAUUCAGGGCAUGCUGGAUGAUAAAGGACGUGUCAUUGAAGAUGGACCUGAACCCAGACCCAAUCUUAGAGGAGAGUCAAGGACAUUUAGAGUGUUUUUGGAUCCAAACCAGUAUCAACAAGAUAUGACCAAUACUAUACAAAAUGGAGCAGAGGAUGUGUAUGAAACUUUUAAUAUAAUAAUGAGAAGAAAACCAAAGGAAAAUAACUUUAAGGCUGUGCUGGAAACUAUUCGGAACCUGAUGAAUACUGAUUGUGUGGUACCUGACUGGCUGCAUGAUAUCAUUUUAGGUUAUGGGGACCCAAGUAGCGCACAUUACUCAAAAAUGCCCAAUCAGAUUGCCACCCUUGAUUUCAAUGAUACAUUUCUCUCCAUUGAGCAUUUAAAAGCCAGCUUCCCUGGUCAUAAUGUUAAAGUAACUGUGGAAGACCCUGCUCUACAAAUACCCCCUUUCAGGAUAACUUUUCCAGUUAGAAGUGGAAAAGGGAAGAAAAGGAAAGAUGCGGAUGUGGAAGAUGAAGACACUGAGGAGGCAAAAACCUUAAUUGUUGAGCCCCAUGUUAUUCCUAAUAGGGGUCCUUAUCCUUACAAUCAACCCAAACGUAAUACGAUUCAGUUCACUCAUACACAGAUAGAAGCCAUCCGUGCUGGAAUGCAGCCUGGACUGACUAUGGUUGUGGGCCCACCUGGUACAGGAAAAACAGAUGUGGCCGUUCAGAUCAUAUCCAACAUCUACCACAAUUUCCCAGAACAGAGGACUCUAAUUGUUACUCAUUCCAAUCAGGCCCUAAACCAGUUGUUUGAGAAAAUCAUGGCAUUAGACAUUGAUGAGCGCCACCUACUGCGUCUUGGUCAUGGAGAAGAAGAGCUGGAGACGGAGAAAGAUUUCAGCAGGUAUGGAAGAGUUAAUUAUGUCCUGGCUCGAAGAAUAGAACUUUUAGAAGAAGUCAAACGAUUGCAAAAGAGUCUAGGGGUUCCAGGAGAUGCCUCAUAUACCUGUGAAACUGCAGGCUAUUUCUUCUUAUACCAGGUAAUGUCUCGUUGGGAAGAGUAUAUCAGCAAAGUGAAAAAUAAAGGUAGUGCCUUGCCAGAUGUUACGGAAGUCUCCACUUUCUUCCCUUUCCAUGAAUACUUUGCAAAUGCUCCUCAACCCAUUUUUAAAGGAAGAUCUUACGAAGAAGACAUGGAAAUUGCUGAAGGAUGUUUUAGGCAUAUUAAGAAAAUCUUUACUCAGCUUGAGGAAUUCAGAGCCUCUGAAUUGCUUCGAAGUGGACUGGACAGAUCUAAAUACCUUUUAGUGAAAGAAGCCAAAAUUAUUGCUAUGACCUGUACUCAUGCUGCCUUAAAACGACAUGACUUGGUCAAGUUAGGUUUCAAGUAUGACAACAUUUUAAUGGAAGAAGCCGCUCAGAUUCUAGAGAUAGAAACUUUUAUCCCUCUUCUUCUACAGAAUCCUCAGGAUGGAUUUAGCCGACUGAAACGAUGGAUUAUGAUUGGUGAUCAUCACCAGUUACCUCCAGUUAUUAAGAACAUGGCCUUCCAAAAGUACUCAAACAUGGAGCAGUCUCUCUUCACUCGCUUUGUCCGUGUUGGAGUUCCGACUGUGGACCUUGAUGCUCAAGGGAGAGCCAGAGCAAGCUUGUGCAACCUCUACAACUGGCGAUACAAGAAUCUGGGGAACUUACCCCAUGUGCAGCUCUUGCCAGAGUUUAGUACAGCAAAUGCUGGCUUACUGUAUGACUUCCAGCUUAUUAAUGUUGAAGAUUUUCAAGGAGUAGGAGAAUCUGAACCUAAUCCUUACUUCUAUCAGAAUCUUGGAGAGGCAGAAUAUGUAGUAGCACUUUUUAUGUACAUGUGUUUACUUGGUUACCCUGCUGACAGAAUCAGUAUUCUAACAACAUACAAUGGCCAAAAGCAUCUUAUUCGAGACAUCAUCAAUAGACGAUGUGGAAACAAUCCAUUGAUUGGAAGACCAAACAAGGUGACAACUGUUGAUAGAUUUCAAGGUCAACAGAAUGAUUAUAUUCUUCUUUCUCUGGUACGAACCAGGGCAGUGGGUCAUCUGAGGGACGUCCGUCGCUUGGUAGUGGCCAUGUCUAGAGCCAGACUUGGACUUUAUAUCUUUGCCAGAGUAUCCCUCUUCCAAAACUGUUUUGAACUGACUCCAGCUUUCAGUCAGCUCACGGCUCGCCCCCUUCAUUUGCAUAUAAUUCCAACAGAACCUUUCCCAACCACUAGAAAGAAUGGAGAGAGACCAUCUCAUGAAGUACAAAUAAUAAAAAAUAUGCCCCAGAUGGCAAACUUUGUAUACAACAUGUACAUGCAUUUGAUACAGACUACACAUCAUUAUCAUCAGACUUUUUUGCAACUACCACCUGCUAUGGUAGAAGAAGGUGAGGAAGUUCAAAAUCAGGAAACAGAAUUCGAAACAGAAGAAGAGGCCAUGACUGUUCAAGCUGACAUCAUACCCAGUCCGACAGACACCAGCUGCAGUCAAGAAACUCCAGCCUUUCAAACUGACACCACUUCUAAUCAGACUGAGACCACCCCCAGUGAGACAGGAGCCAGUUCCAAUCCAAAAGCUGUCUCUGCUUUAUCUGAGACUCCCACUACUGUGGCAGGAGCUGUACCUGCACCGGCAGAGGCUAACAUGCCUCAGGAUGCCACAUCUGCCUCAGCAGAGACCAAGUAGCCAAACUGUAGCCCUUCUAAAGAAGGACAUGUCAUUCAAAAAGUCUGAGUAAAGUUAUUUUUUGUAUUUUA